GUCCAAGGGGGACGUUGGGACCAUGCCCUGCAGAAAACAUUGCAUCCAACGGGCAAUUAAGAUCAGGCCCCCAAAAGUAGCAUAGCGGGAGCCCCCACCGUGCGGACGAGAAGCAGAGCGACGCAAUUAUUGGGCGAGAGGACUCCAAGCUCUCUGCCCCAUGGCUCUCUCCUCCUCCUUCUCCUUCUCCCCCACCUCUCCCUCCUCUCACCGCGGCUCUUGCCCCCUUCCCUCUCCUCGCUUCACUACUAGUACUAUUACUCGCCACUUCGCCGGCUUCCACCGCCCUCGGCCUCCUCUUCUCUCCACCAGCGCAGUCGCUUCUCUCCGCGAUCUCUCGAAUCCUUUCUCCGCUUCACUCGCCGUUUCUCGCGGCAAACCCCGUACUGGCGGAAGCCAUACACGUUUCUCUAUCAAGGCAUGUUCUCAAGCGAGUGCUGCUGGGUCUAGUCCAUUGUCAGAAAAAAUUUCAGAAUUGAGAGAUUCAUGUUGGAGGUUUUUGAGGCCUCAUACCAUCCGUGGGACGACUUUGGGUUCCAUAGCUUUGGUUGCAAGAGCUCUGAUAGAGAACCGGGAGCUGAUAAAUUGGUGGUUGACAUUCAAAGCAUUCUAUGGACUUGUAGCGCUUAUCUGUGGCAAUGGUUAUAUAGUUGGAAUCAAUCAGAUUUAUGAUAUUGGAAUAGACAAGGUGAACAAGCCAUAUUUGCCUAUAGCUGCGGGGGACCUCUCAGUGCAGUCAGCAUGGAUUUUGGUGUUAUUUUUUGCGGCUGUUGGCCUUCUGAUUGUCGGAUGGAACUUUGGGCCAUUCAUUUCUUCUCUCUACUGUCUGGGACUUUUCCUUGGCACUAUAUAUUCUGUUCCUCCAUUUAGAUUAAAGAGAUAUCCUGUUGUCGCAUUUCUUAUUAUUGCCAUGGUACGUGGUUUUCUUCUGAAUUUUGGUGUAUAUUAUGCUACUAGAGCUGCAUUGGGUCUUACAUUCAGAUGGAGCUCACCUGUUGCUUUCAUCACAACCUUUGUGACGGUAUUUGCUUUGGUUAUUGCUAUAACCAAAGAUCUUCCAGAUGUAGAGGGCGACCGCAAGUUUAAAAUAUCAACCUUGGCAACAAGGCUUGGAGUCAGAAAUAUUGCAUUUCUUGGUUCUGGGCUUUUGCUGGCAAAUUAUCUGGGUGCUAUUCUUGUAGCAAUUUAUAUGCCUCAGGAUUUCAGACGCAGCAUAAUGGUGCCUGCACACGCUAUCUUUGCAUUAUGGCUGAUUUUCCAGGCAUGGGUUCUGGAACAAGCAAAGUAUACAAAGGAAGCAAUUUCGCAAUUCUAUCGGUUUAUUUGGUACCUCUUCUAUGCUGAAUACACCAUAUUUCCACUUAUAUAGCUUGAGAUCAAUCCACAUGUAGUACAAAGUGCAGUCAAAAACUGAGGACCCAAGAUCAUCGGUGUAAAAUGAUCUAUAAUGAGCAUGGUUUGCUGCUAGGAAUGGACUCAACGAUAGCGGAGGAUCUUGUCAAGACAUACUUGAACCUAAUCACUACUCAUUUUUACUUGUUUUGUACCUGCUACUUAUGGCUAUCAAGGAAGAGUCAAGUAGUUUCAAGAAGUGCCAUGCAUUAGACAGGCUUAACCAUUGCUUGGAAGGUGUUGAUGCCCAAAGAAUGUUACUAUUUUCCUGAUUAAGAACCCCAUAGUGUGUUAUCUGCUAAUUUCUCUCGGCAUAUAUCGGUGUUAAUCACUUUGCAAUGUUAAAAUGCUUGCUACCUUGAUCAA